GCUAAAAACUACCAAUUGAAAACCUUCACCAACAAUGAAACUUUGCUGACAUGAAUUAUAGCCAUUGAUGAGAUUAACAACACUUAUUCACAAUCGAAUGCUCUUCACUCUGCAACGAAAAUCGCACUUCGCAAAGGUCAGUAAUCUCUUUCCUUUUUACAUUCUCAAAUACCACUAUUCUUGCAAUCUAUUAAACCCACAACCAAACACACCCCACAUAGAUUCUGCAUCUGUAGCACCCAUUUCUGGCUUUACAGAAUCAAUUUUAGCUAAAAGCUCCAAUCUUUUUACCAAAACAACACACCCCACAUCCACAAAUGCAUCAUCUCUUCAAGAAUUGCUUCUUAAUGUGUUCCAUAUAAGCCCUAGAAUUACUAGAAAGUUUUGGAGAAAAAAUGAGCUAAUAUCUCAACAUUUUCUUGAUUUGUUAGUGUGUUUUGAAUCAAAUUUUGGGAAAUCGGGUUUUGAUGUGAAAAAGGUUGAAUCUUUAUUGGGAAUUUUUAAGUGGGUUAGUGAUAAUAACGAAAACGGUAGUAGGGGUUUUAAGCAUGUUGGUAAGUCUUUCAAGGUUAUGGCGGGGUUGUUGGUUCGGGCCCGGUUGUUUAAGGAUGCAGAAUGGGUGUUAUUUGAAAUGGAUAAAGGAGGAGUUUUGUUGGAUGAUUGUGAAGUUUUCGGUAAGUUGAUUGAGUGGUAUGUAAGUGUUGAUGAAUUGGAAAAGAGUGUUGGUAUGUACGAUAGAAUGAGGGAAGGGAAGUUAGUUCCGACAUUGUCGUGUUAUCGUAGUUUGGUUGAUUAUCUUGUGGAUAAGGGUGAAAGUGAGUUGGUAUUCCGAGUGUUUGGUGAUAUGGUCGAUAUGGGUUUAGCAGAGAAAGGUACAUAUGAGAAUGUUGUCAGCGUUCUAUGUAGAGUUGGGAAAGUUCUAGAAUCGCGAAAUUUAGUUAAGAAGGUUUAUGGUUAUGGAAUGAAACCGAACACUUUGAUUCUUGAGGCGAUUGCUAGUGGGUAUUGUGAGAAAAAAGAUUACAAUGAUUUGCUGAGUCUUUUUAUCGAGAUCGAUUGUCUUCCUGAUGUCGUGGUUGGUAACAAAAUUCUACAUUCGAUGUGUCAAAAUCUUGGAGUAGUUGAAGCCUUUAAGUUCUUAGAAGAGUUAGAGCAUUUGGGCUUUACCCCUGAUGCUAUGACAUUUGGGAUCUUGAUUGGAUGGAGUUGCAAAGAAGGCAACUUGAAAAACGCAUUCUUUUGUCUAUCGGAUAUCUUGUCUAGAGGCCUAAUACCCCAUAAACAUUCCUAUAAUGCCAUCAUUAGUGGUCUUUUCAAAGAAGGUAUGUGUAAUCAUGCCAAUGACAUUGUUCUUGAAAUGGAAGACAAGGGUGUAACACCUGAUAUGUCGACUUUUAGACUUCUAUUAGCUGGAUAUUGCAACAACAGAAAGUUUGAUGAAGUGAAAGCAGUGAUUGAAAUGAUGGUGCGUAAGGGAUUAAUUGAACUCUCACCGUUACAAGAUCUUACACAAAAAGCGUUUGUAUUGUUGGGCAUUGAUCCAGUGGCUGUAAGAGUGAGGAGGGACAAUGAUGUGAAGUUUACCAAAACCGAGUUUUAUGAUAGUGUCGGGAAUGGAUUGUAUUUAGAAGGUGAUGUAGUUGCAUUUGACCAAGCUAUGAUAAGCAUUCUCGACGAUUCCAUGAUUCUUGAUUAUAAUCGUCUUAUACUGAAGGGUGAUGGCUUUACUAGCAUAGACGAAUUGGUUCACUGGGGCCAAGAACCAUCAUAUGCUGCUUUCUCGAUGCUGAUAAAGAAGUUUAAUGAAUCUAAUACAGGUUUUAAAACAAUCACCACUCUCUUGGAGAAGAUGCCAGAUAUAUAUAACGAGCUUGAUGAAGAAGCACUCAAUUUGCUUGUUCAAACACACUUUAAAAGGGGAUUUAUACAUAAAGGAAAGAAAUUAUUUGACAAAAUGGUUAAGAAAAACCUGAAAAUCGAGAAUAAGACUGUGUCUGCUCUGGUAAGAGGUUUAUGCAAGAAAGGAAACUCAAAAUACCUUAAUGAAUGCUGGGACCUUGUCCAAAAUAAGCAUUGGUUACCUACUUUGCAUGAUUAUAGAACACAAAUUUAUUCAUUUUGCCAGAACAACAUGGUGAUGGAAGCAUUGUUUCUUUAUGAGCGUGUGAUGUUGGAGUACCCACAAGAAGCAACAGAGCUCUUAUAUGAUUUUAUUAAAAAGCUUUGUGAAACGGGGUUCACUAAAGUUGCUCAUGUUAUGUUUGAGGAGCUUUUAGAAAGGGGCUAUGACUUGAAUCAGGUAGCUUAUAGCCAUCUUUUAAGCAGUCUUUGCAAGGAGAACCAUUUUUCUGCAGCUUUUGUUAUGUCACAUACAAUGCUCGACAAGUGUUUUUCACCAAGUGGUGAUGUUUAUAAUGCUUUGCUUCAUGGGUAUUGUGGGGCUAAAAACUUGAAGAAAGUCGGAGAGUUGCUUGCUGCAAUCGUAAAGAAUAACAUAACUGUGCACAUUUCAUGCUACAGUAAGUUGGUGUCACUACUAUGCCAAGUGGGUCGACCUCAUUAUGCUUUAUCCAUUAAAGAUCUUAUGGUCAAGCAAAGUUUUCCACAUAUAAGUUUGUAUAAUAUCUUAAUUUUCCAUCUUUUCACUUCCAGAAAUAGUGUAUUACUCGAUACACUUUUAGAGGAAGUUCAAGAUAAGGGAUUAGAAUUCGAUAGUUUUACUUAUAACUUUCUCGUGUAUGGAUUUUCUCAGUGUAACCUUAUAUCACGUUCUCUUCAUUAUCUGACGGUAAUGAUCUCUAAAGAACUGAAACCAAGUAACCGAUCUAUGCGAGUAGUAAUUAGAUCACUUGUUAAAGAUGGCGAGUUCAAGAAAGUGUUGAAAUUGAGUAAAGAAAUGGAAAUAAGAAGAUGGGUUCAUUGUUCCGUUGUUCAGAAUGAAAUUGUUGAUGGUCUUUUGAAGAUGGGUAAGCUUCAGCAAGCUGACAGUUUCCUGGAAAACGUGAUCCUAAAAGAUCUUGUUCCUGAUAACAUAAACUAUGGCAAUAAAAUAAAGCAAAUGUGUCAUUUUGGAAAAACAGACAAAGCUCUUGAUCUUCUUGACACUAUGUUGAAGAGAGGAAUCACCCCAGAUUCAAUGAGUUAUGACUGUUUAGUUCAAGGUUUGUGUGUUUCCCAUAAGAUGGAAGAAGCUCUCGAUCUGUAUACAGAAAUGUUGAACAGGAAACUAAACCCGAGCACCAAAACAUAUGAAGUUUUAACUGAAAAGCUUUGUGAAUUUGGAAGAACAUUCGAAGCAGAGAAGCUAAUUGAUGCCAUGAUUAGUUUAGGAGAGCAACCGAGCAAGAUGAUGUUUGGCUCAGUGGUUAGCAGGUAUCGUUUUGAAAGAAACUUUACGAAGGCCUCUGAGCUCUUACAAAGAAUGCAACAGUUUGGGUACAAACCAGACUUCGAGACUCAUUGGUCACUCAUAAGUACUUUAAGCAGGGUUAGUGACAGACAUAAAGAUGACAACAGUAGUAGCUUUCUCUCAAGACUUCUUUCUGCAAGUGGGUUUAGGCCGAAGAAGGGUGUCGAUCCAAAAGCAAAAUAGUUAAAGUGUAGUUUAAAUUGAAAUAGGAAUUUGGGAUCUUUGAAUGGAUCUGGUUCAGUUGGACAAAUUAAAGGGCAUAGAAUUCUUGAUGACAAAGAGCUCCUCUUUUUGAAAGAUUUCAAUAUCAGGUUAAGGAAAUCCGUGAUGGAUACAUAUUUAGGCUUAGCUAUUAAAAUAGGUAACAAUAUUCCUUCUGUAAUUAUAUUGCUAUAAUUCGUGUUAUUAUUUGGGAGAUAUCGUCACUCUUGAAUGCUGAAGCAUCUGUACUAUUUUUUAAAUGAGUAAAGUGAAUUUUCUGUAUGUAAUUACCUGUUCCUAGGUACAAGACAAUGAUUAAAUACUUUUUCAUGAAAUAAACUCCUGCAUACUUUAUAAUUA